AUGUACGCUGAUGAUAUCGCACUGGUAUAUGGGGACAAAGCACGGUUCACCAGACGCGUGCACGCAUGGAGGGAGGCGCUUGAGAACGGCGGGCUGAAGCUAAACGUGGCGAAGACGGAGUAUAUGGCCUGCAACAGCACAGAUCUGACGUCCCUCCGUAUAGGUGACGACACCGUCGAGCGCACGGACAACUUCAGGUACCUCGGAUCUGUGCUUGAUGCAUCCGGGAACAUCGAUCACAACAUCAAGGCCCGUAUAUCAGCGGCCUGA